ACGCAGUGGACGUGAUGUCAAAAUGCGGACGCUCGUCCUUAUAUACUUCGCGACGUUAGUGCAGUGCGAUUUUAAAAGUGAAUUAAAACAUUUAAGACACGCUCGGACUUUAAUACGACAUGGAAGGUCUAGAGUGCAUUUUACGCGGCUGCACACGCGGGCGCGCGAUCUGGUCGCGCAAGUCAUUGAGGCUGAAAAGAGCAGUGAAUUAGAGGGCAUAGAUAAAUCUGGCGAAGACCCAGUUAUAGCGGCCUUAAGACCGUAUGGGGCUCCAGACGAGGACGGGUACACCACACCUGACACAUUCCAAAAGUAUUUCGGGAAUUAUUCUGGAACAUUCCAUCGAGAUACACUAGAAGACGUAUCCUUGUUAGAUCAUUUAAUAAACGUUGAACAUAGUUACGAUAACGAAACACAAAGGAUAAUGGCUGACGAUUCAGACGCAGUUAGAGACGGCAUAGUAAAUGAUACCAGUCAGUCAGAUAAUGCGACAGUUGUGAAAGCUGUACACGAAGACGUUGUUACUAAGUUCCUAAGAUUAAUUGAAACGCAGCAUUUGCUAGGCGAGAAUUGCACAGCUGGGACGCACUUGAAUUUAGGUGAAGGCGUUGUAGACAGGUACGCUCAAGAGAGAUUUAGAAUAGAGGCAGAUGUGGCGGUGAACCGGGCUAAUAUGCUAACGAGAUUAUGGAAGUACGCCGGGCCGUCAGUGAUGCAUAACGAAUAUCUAUUACACGCAAGCGUUUUUUCAAUGGUUGAAUUCGAUGACGACGUGUUUGCGGCGGGCAAUUGCUACGACCAAUACCAGUACAAGGACUACCAGUUGUUCUGCCCUUUCGCGUACCGUUUACCGGAAGGGCCGAUAUUGGCGAAGGACCUAGCGGUCGAGUACAAAUAUUUGAGCAACACGUCCGAAUGGUUCUACAUCGCCCGCAAGAAUGCUGAGCGCGUGAUUCGGAAUCACAGUCAGUUUCGACGAGGUUACAACACGUAUACGUACAACGAUACGGCGCACACAGAGAGAGAGCAAGAUGAGAUCCUGGCAGUGACGUAUGAUGAUGGGAAAUGGUCGAAACCCUAUUACGACUGCGGCGGUGGUAACAUCUGGAUGCUGACCUACACCGUCCCUUUCUUCGGAUACAACAAUGGAACGUAUUUUUUCAAAGGCACCAGCGGUAUCGAUAUAGACCUGCGGCGAGUGGACAUCGACCAGUGCCCUUUGAAGCCAGGAUCCACCCAGCUAAACAUAUUCGCCGGUACUGACAAAUGUAAGAAGACCACCACUGAGUGUGUCCCCGUGCCGGGGCUUGGCUUCCGCCGGGGCUCGUACCGCUGCGUGUGCCGCCGAGGCUUCUACUUCCCCAACACCACAGCUGAAAACAGAUUCUACAAUGGCAGCGUCAUUGAGGAGGAGUUUGAGAAACAUUUACAGCACCAGCACAGUCUUUAUUCAACGAGAUCAGCGUUCGAGUGCCUACCCUGCGCGGAGGGGUGUGAAGCCUGCAUCGACGGCUCGCCCUGCGUAGCCGCCCUUAACUGGGUGGUGAGGACCACCAUCUUCGCGCUCGCCUGCCUGGUUAUAUCCUGCCUGCCUUUUAUAGUGUACUUCACGAUCAAGUAUGGACAUGUUAGGGUAGUCCGUGCAGCCAGCCCCGCUCUGCUCCGGGUGAUAGUUCUGGGGGCGCUGCUGAUCUACUGCACGACCCUGGUGAUGUACGGCAGGCCCACGGUGUUCACGUGCACCGCGAGGGUCUGGCUGCGGGAAGUCGGCUUCUGUUUGACGUAUGGUGCUCUGAUGCUGAAGACUUGGAGGAUAUCAGUAAUCUUCCAAGUACGGUCAGCAAAAGCCGUCAAAAUAUCCGACAUGUACCUGCUCCGGCGCAUUGGGGUGAUAGUGGGUGUGGCCUGCGUUCUGCUGUCCAUACGAACGCUGGUGGCGCCGCCCGCGGUGAUAGUUGGCAGGACGAAGGAAGACCUGAAGGCGUAUCUAUGCAACACGGAUUGGUGGGACCACUCUUUUACUACUCUGGAGGUGAUAUUCCUAAUGUGGGGGAUCCGCCUCUGCAUCAUGGUGAGGAAAGCGCCUUCGGAGUUCAAUGAGAGUCGCUUCAUAUCCAUGGCUAUAUACAACGAGUUCCUGCUAUCUGUCUUCCUGAAUAUAUCUAUGUUAUUUCUUCAGUCACCAGCGAAUCCUGAUCUCCUGUACAUAAUAUUCUUCUGCCAUACGCAACUAACUGUGACUCUGUUGCUUUGUUUUAUAUUUGGUAGCAAGGCCUACAUGGUCUACAAAGGACAAGGAAAAGACGACCGAGAGAAAACGGGGAAGUUCAGGUCGAAGCCGGCAGAGUCCACGUACACGAUGACGACCAAUAGGAGUACUCGCUUCUGUGAUAAUAUGACUGAGAGGGAGCUGGAGGAGGAGUUCAAAAAGAUAUGCAAUCAGCUAGAGAAACUAAGGGAGCGUUGCAUACCAGUUAACAAUAUACCACGGAAAAUAACCGCUAUGCUGGAUGCGGCGGCACUUCAUGAUCGGAAACCUGGUGCUUCCGACUCAGCACCACUCAAACUGAACACAGUGUUCAGUGCUGUGGCAGAUAGACUCAUGUGUACUGUGACGCCAGCUGAAGAAUCAAGCAGUAGCGGCAGAGACCUGCCUUUUGACGCGCCGCCGUCCUAUAAACAAAAAUUCACACCGACCAAGAGUGUAGACAAUAGUAAUGCUGAACAGAGUCAAACAGAUGUUACCACAGAUUCACCGAAACGAAAGAUAGAAGAAGAUAAAGAGAACGGAGUGUUCAAAAUUUCGGGAGAAGCAAACUGUAGUGAUAUACGUCCACCAGAAGUUAAUAGAAAUGGGUAUAAGAAUGAAAAAAGGGAGGAAGUUAGGUGUAGUCCAAGCAGUUCGGACAUUAGAAGCGUGCGUUCUGGGCAUGCGAGGACUCAUGCAAUAGUUAUAAAUUUGGAUGAUAAAAGUCGUUUCACUGAAGAAGUCACUGUUUAAAGACUGUACUUAGAUUUCAGUUGCAUUAUGUUGGAUGGUUUUUGUGAUGUUUUGGACUACCAAAUGCGCAUUCUGGGUUCGAAAUAUUAAGAAUUCUUACAUAUGUGUUUUGAAAAACAUUUAGUAAUUACCUAUUAAUCAUUAAUUCUUCUACUGGUUUAUCAAUUAAGAUACGAAACUUCAAUUUUGUUAUAAAAUGCUGUCUUGAAUUCUGCGAAGAACUUACUCGACUUUACCAUCACAAAAACAAUUUAACCUGUUCAAAAGUAGACAAUUGUAUGCUAGUCUUAACUGUGAUUAUAAACGUUAAAAUGAUAAAUUAAAAUUACCAUUAUACCUAGCUAUUAUUAGCGAUUUAUGCAUAUCAAAUAGAAACAUUCCGUUAAUGAGGUGAAUUUUUAAAAUUGAAUUUGAAAAUGGAAUUCGAAAGCGUAUGAGUAUCGCAAAACUCUAAAACAAGUUUCAACAUCAAUCGCUCAUUUUAUUUUACUAUACUUAAAGUUUGCUGUUUCAAAUAUCCGUGUACGUAUUUCGCCAAUUCAAAAAAAUCAAAAUCAAUUUCUUUGAUCACGUUUUUUCCUACGAUGUUUAUUUAGAUUACGGCUCUGAAAUCCAAUU